AAUUUUCAAUUGUUUAGGGUACGACACUGAUAGAAAUAUCCCAUAAAAACGAAAUAUUUUCAGAAAACCUAAGGAAAAUUUGAUUGAAUAAACUCUUUUUGGUUAAUAAAAUUAAAAGAAAUACUUAUUGAAAUAUCUGGAAGUUCUAAAUAAACUUAUAAUUGCUGAUGCAAAGUUUAAAAGUGGAAAUAGUUAUCAAAAUAUAAAAAGUUAUUCUGAACAGAUUUUAAAGACAAAGAAAGUUUUGUCUGGCUCUGAAACUAUUGUCACAAAGAUAUUUCUAAACAAAUGAUUUCCUUGGCAUGAAAAUUCUAUACGCCAUCAAAAAAAUUUAUCAGAUGAGACAGUAAAUAAAAGACAGAAAGGAGUGAAGAGAAAAACAAAGAAAAUUACCUUCCGAUGAAAACUGCAUCGUGAAAAAAAUAAUUACGCUUUGAAAAGUUUGAAGGAAGAAGUAAGGAAAGAAUUGAAGAAAAUCGCCAUUAAAUAAUUUCGUGAAAAAAAAUAAGAAAGAAAAGAAAAAAACAUCAAGAGUAAAAUUUUUCAUCAUCAUCGUGUCGGACAUCGAAUUCGAUAAUCAUUAUUCAGGCUGCUUGAAAUUGCUCAAAAUUGAUUUCGUUCAGGGUGUUUCUACCUCACGGUCCUCACCUCCAGAGGACCAGCCACCGCGAAAACGCUCGAAAAGAACGUCGGUGUUAGAGGAUCAUCAUCAGCUGCAACAACAGCAAAUUAACCAACUUUCAAGUCCCGCAUCGUCGUCCUCACGCUUCACUUCAUCAUCAUCUUCAUCUUACAGUAAUCAGUCACAAUAUCCAGGAGCAGAAAGACGAUUUAAUUUCCUGGAAAUGCUCGAAGAAAACAUGAACGGAACAUCACAAUCCACACCAGCAUAUGACAUAAAUGGUCAUCGUCUGGCUCAAACCGAACACAAUCAGCAAUCAUCAGGUGGAUCGACGGCGACAAACGGGACAACAACCAACAAUGAUUAUCCAACAAAUGGAGUCAUGCAUCACACAAAUAACAAUCAUGACCUUCCACCAAUUGAACGUGUUCAAUUGGAUAAAACAAAUCGCGAUAUUGUCCGAUUGAUUGGACAACAUUUGAAGCUCAUUGGUUUAGAUCGAACAGCACAAAUGCUCAUGCAAGAGUCUGGAUGUAGUCUUGAACAUCCAGCAGCUUCUAAAUUUCGUGAGCAUGUUCUCUGUGGUGAUUGGCAUAAAGCCGAUUACGAUCUUCAAGAAUUACAAUCGAUUGUCGAUAAUGAUGAAAUGAAAUUAACGACAAAACCGACAAAUCUUAUUGAAAUGAAGUUUCUAUUGUUAGAACAAAAGUAUUUGGAGUAUCUUGAUGAUUCUCGUCCAAUAGAUGCUCUUCAUGUUUUAAGAAACGAAUUGACACCGUUACAACAUAACACACCACGCGUUCAUCAACUAUCCAGUUAUAUGAUGUGCACCAAUAAUGAGGAAUUAUAUGAACGUGCUGGAUGGGAGGGAAAAAAUAUUCGAUCUCGUACACGUUUAAUGGAUCGUUUACAGUCAUUCUUACCAGCAAGUGUCAUGCUCCCGCCACGUCGUCUUCAUACAUUACUUCGUCAAGGUGUUGAACUCCAAAUGGAACGUUGUUCACAUCACGAUAUGGCUUGGAACACAUCCAUAGAGAAUGUUUCGUUGUUGAGCGAUCACAAUUGUUCUGAAAUUGCCCACAUGUUUCCCGUUCAUCCCGUUCAGGUGCUUAAUGAGCAUUCUGAUGAAGUUUGGUACUGUAAAUUCUCACCGAAUGGUCUCAAAUUAGCAACAGGAUCAAAAGAUACAUUUUGCAUUAUUUGGGAAGUUGAUCCAGAACGUCAUCAACUUAAACAAAUAAAAUCAUUUGAAUGUCAUGCAAAUGGUGUAUCGUUUGUCACAUGGUCUCCCGAUUCCAAAUAUCUCAUUGUCGGUGGAACAGAAGAAUCAUCCGAGCUGCUUAUUUUCAAUAUUGAAGAGCUUAAACUUCAUUCAAAAGUUUCACAUUCAAAUGAUGAAUCGCUUACAUGUGCUGCUUUUUCACCAGAUGGACAACGUUUUGUCACUGGCGGUAUACGAGGACAAUUCUAUUUGUGUGAUUUGGAAGGUGCGAUAUUAAAUAAUUGGGAUGGUGUAAGAGUAAAUUCAGUCGCAUUUCGUUCUGAUAAUGUCACCGUCCUUGGGUCUGAUACACAUCAUCGUAUUCGAUCAUAUUGCUUUGAAUCUCGUAAUGAUUUUCACAUGAUACAAGAACACAAUCCAAUCAUGACUUUUAGUGUUAACUCAUCUGAUCGAUUGGCUUUGUUGAAUGUGUCAUCGCAAGGCCUUCAUUUAUGGGAUUUGCGUGAUAAAUGUAUGGUGAGAGUCUUCCAAGGUGUCGUUCAAGGUAACUACACGGUUUAUUCUUGCUUCGGAGGCGUCAAUGAGAACUUCAUAGCAAGUGGGAGCGAGGAUAACACUGUUUAUAUUUGGCACAUAAGAAACGAACAGCCAUUGUUAACACUCACUGGACAUACAAGAACAGUUAACUGUGUUAGCUGGAAUCCAAUUUAUCCAUCAAUGUUGGCCUCGUGCUCUGAUGAUGGAACUGUUCGCAUUUGGGGUCCUAAACAACCAAUCAGUACAACAAAUGCAUCUGUUGCUGGAAGUAGAUCAUCAUCGUCUGGAACAACACCGGCAACUUCAUCAUCAUCAUCACUUAAUCAUCAUAAUCUUAAUGAUGAUCACAUGGGAAAUAAUGAAAUGGCGACUUGGAAUAUUUCAUAGAAUUAAAUUUUUCGGCUUUUCGUUUUAUUUGGAUCAACAAAUUUUAAAUGAAAUUUAUCAAAACUUUUGAAUUAUCUGCCGACACUUUAUUUUCUUUUAUUAAAUAUUUUUGAUGUUUUAAAAUAUCUCUUAAAAUUUUGUCAUUUUUUUCUUUCAAGUUUAAAAAUAAGUUUUGCUUUGUAAAUUAUUUUCCCUUGAAAAAAGCAAAUGCAAUGCUACCACAGAACCAACAGUAAAAGCAAGCAGACAAGCAAAUAAACGUUUCAAACAAAAAAUUGCGAAACGAAACAUUCGCAUAAAUAUCAAAGACUGAAAGUCUGAAAAUGUGAUCCACAGAAGCCAUCGUCUUUGUGUACCAUGAUGAACGAUGACGAAAGUCCUCAUGCCAAUCAAUCCAUUGAGAUGAAAGCGAAAUGACCCGUUGAGUGACGAUGAAAGAGCCAAAGUUACGAAGGCAGAGAGAAAGAAGCGAAUUAAAAAAAGAAAUGAAAAUUUAUUAACAGAAAGAAGGAAAUUUUCCUUAAAGACGCAAAAGCGAUUGUGAAGAUUCAAAACAAUGGAAAAAUAAUUAAAAAAAUAAUGAAGAAAAGAAUAGCAAAUAAAUUUCUUUUUUGAGAAUAAUUAAUCGAAUUAAGAGAGUUAAGAAUUAAUAAUUUUCAUCGUAGAUGUUAAGAAAAUUUUCCUUCCUGAUUUCAAUUUUCCUUUUCCAAAAUUUUCCUACUUCGAGUCCACUUUUCUCAAUGAUUUCAUUAUUAUAAAGAAGAAUCAAAUGAAUUAUGCAAUAAUUAAUUGUCUUAUUUCGUUUCUUUGUAUUUGUUGAUAAGUAAAUAAUUGAAAGAAGAAAACACAUACACACACACACAUGGAGAAUAUUUAGCUAACAAGAAAUAAAACUAAAAUAACUAACGUAGAAUUUAAGAUCAUACAAUUUCUGCAUAUUUUAUGUGUUUUUAUAUUUAAAAAAAUAAAGAAUUGAAGGAAAGUUUUUGAGUAAAUUUUAAACAACAUAAGCCAACAACCAUCACUCGUCUGUAGAGAAUUGAUAAGAAUAUAUCUAAUUAACAUAGAUAAUAAUUUAAAGAUUUUCAUUGAAGGAAAAUAAAAUGAAAUAAAGGGAAAAACUUUUUAUUUUCUUUCCAUGGAAAUUUGAACAAAAAUGAAAACAGAAGAAAAAUCAUAUGACCGAGAAAAUAUAUUUAUUAAUGAUUAAAAAUAGCAAAAUA